AGAAACAGCAAUUAUAAAACCAUGCAUCGAAGGCACACAACCCUUCGGGAGAAGGGCCGGAGGCAGGCCAUCCGGGGCCCAGCCUACAUGUUCAAUGAGAAAGGCACCAGCCUGACUGCAGAAGAGGAACGUUUUCUCGAUUCUGCAGAAUAUGGCAACAUUCCUGUUGUGCGAAAAAUGCUGGAGGAAUCCAAAACCUUGAACUUUAAUUGCGUCGAUUAUAUGGGACAAAAUGCGCUACAGUUAGCUGUGGGGAACGAGCAUCUGGAAGUGACAGAGCUUCUCCUCAAAAAGGAGAAUCUUGCUCGAGUUGGAGAUGCGCUUUUGUUAGCAAUCAGUAAAGGAUACGUGCGCAUUGUAGAAGCAAUAUUGAACCAUCCAGCCUUUGCACAAGGACAACGUCUCACACUCAGUCCCCUCGAGCAGGAACUGAGAGAUGAUGAUUUUUAUGCCUACGAUGAAGACGGAACUCGUUUCUCCCAUGACAUUACCCCUAUCAUACUUGCUGCCCACUGCCAGGAGUAUGAAAUUGUUCACAUCUUACUUCUAAAAGGCGCGCGGAUUGAAAGGCCACAUGACUAUUUUUGCAAGUGCAAUGAAUGUAUUGAGAAGCAGAGGAAAGAUUCCUUUAGUCACUCUCGAUCGAGAAUGAAUGCCUACAAAGGAUUAGCCAGUGCUGCUUAUUUGUCUCUUUCCAGUGAAGACCCUGUCCUUACUGCUUUAGAGCUAAGCAAUGAAUUGGCCAGACUAGCCAACAUUGAAACUGAAUUUAAGAACGACUAUAGGAAGCUAUCUAUGCAAUGCAAGGACUUUGUCGUGGGGGUGCUGGACCUGUGCAGAGACACCGAAGAAGUAGAGGCGAUUCUCAACGGAGAUGUGAACAUACAUCUGUGCCCCGACCACCACCGGCCAAGCCUGAGCAGGAUUAAACUUGCUAUUAAAUACGAGGUCAAAAAGUUUGUUGCUCACCCCAACUGCCAGCAGCAAUUGCUCACCAUGUGGUAUGAAAACCUCUCAGGCUUACGGCAGCAAUCUAUAGCUGUGAAGUUCUUGGCUGUCUUUGGGGUCUCCAUUGGCCUGCCCUUCCUCGCCAUAGCCUACUGGAUUGCUCCCUGCAGCAAGUUGGGACGGACCCUCCGAAGUCCCUUCAUGAAGUUUGUGGCACAUGCAGUUUCUUUCACAAUCUUCCUUGGGCUGCUAGUAGUGAAUGCUUCAGAUCGGUUUGAAGGAGUGAAAAAUCUCCCCAAUGAGACCAUCACGGAUCAUCCAAAACAAAUAUUUAGAGUCAAAACAACUCAGUUCUCAUGGACAGAAUUACUGAUCAUGAAGUGGGUAUUGGGCAUGAUAUGGUCAGAAUGCAAGGAGAUCUGGGAAGAGGGUCCACGCGAAUACGUGCUGCAUCUCUGGAAUCUGCUGGACUUUGGGAUGCUGUCCAUCUUUGUGGCAUCAUUCACCGCCAGGUUCAUGGCUUUUCUCAAGGCAACCGAAGCACAACAGUAUGUAGAUCAGUACGUUCAAGAUGAUAACCUCAAUAAUGUCACCCUUCCCCCUGAAGUCGCUUACUUUACUUAUGCCAGGAACAAGUGGCUUCCCUCGGAUCCUCAGAUCAUUUCAGAAGGACUGUAUGCAAUAGCUGUGGUACUCAGCUUCUCCCGCAUUGCUUACAUUCUUCCAGCCAACGAAAGCUUCGGCCCCCUGCAGAUCUCUUUGGGGAGGACUGUGAAGGAUAUCUUCAAGUUCAUGGUCAUCUUCAUCAUGGUGUUCCUGGCCUUCAUGAUUGGAAUGUUCAACCUUUACUCUUACUACCUGGGUGCAAAAUACAACCCUGCGUUUACAACGGUUGAAGAAAGUUUUAAAACCUUAUUCUGGUCAAUAUUUGGCUUAUCUGAAGUGAUAUCCGUGGUGCUGAAGUAUGAUCAUAAAUUCAUCGAGAAUAUUGGAUAUGUACUCUAUGGAGUAUAUAACGUGACUAUGGUGGUGGUGCUGCUCAAUAUGUUAAUAGCCAUGAUCAACAACUCCUAUCAGGAAAUUGAGGAGGAUGCAGAUGUGGAGUGGAAGUUUGCACGUGCCAAGCUCUGGCUGUCCUACUUUGACGAAGGAAGGACUUUACCUGCUCCUUUUAACCUAGUGCCAAGCCCUAAAUCAUUUUAUUAUCUCAUACUGAGAAUAAAAAUGUGCCUCAUAAAACUCUGCAAAUCCAAGGCCAAAAACUGUGAAAAUGAUCUUGAAAUGGGGAUGCUGAACUCCAAACAACGGAAAGUUCGUUUUCACUCUAGCACUCGAAAUACAGAAAACUUUUCUGGGAAGAAUGCUUAUAACAAGCCCACAAGAUAUCAGAAAAUAAUGAAGCGUCUGAUUAAGCGGUAUGUGCUGAAGGCUCAGGUUGACCGAGAAAAUGAUGAGGUCAAUGAAGGAGAACUUAAAGAGAUUAAGCAAGAUAUUUCUAGUCUCCGCUAUGAACUCUUAGAGGAAAAGUCACAAGCUACUGGCGAGCUGGCAAGACUAAUACAGCAGCUGAGCGACAAAUUUGGGAAGAACUUAAAUAAGGACAUUUGAUGGUGGACACAGAGAAAGGCACCUGGUUUUCUAAACAUUAUUCAGUCUCAACCAGCAUCUUAGAAGGGCAAAAACCAUGCAAAAGAUGGGUACAGCGCACUCAACUUUUGCUGACUAGCAAGUAUUGGUAGGAGCACUUUGCAUUACUCCUGUGCUUGGUGAGUUACCAGUUAAAUCUUUUAUGAUACAAAAGUGACUUACUGGUAAAAAUAUGUUAUUUGACAUCAGAAACAGAUGCACCGUAGGGAAGGCACCUCUAGUUAAAGGCAAAAAAGCCAGAUCUUCACCCAUCUGACUCUAGUGAAGACAAUGCAACUGUGCUCAUUUAUACCGAGACUCUACUGAUCAGAAUUGGGUGAAGUCUGAAGAAAAAAUAUGCCAAGCAUAUUCUUUGAAAAAAUUUUAAAAUUUCUAUCCUUGGGUGUGUACUGUCCUUUUAUGUUUACACGGGCAUCCGUGAAGAUAACUUUGAACAGCACUGUGGAUAAUGAGUUAAUACGCAAAUGAGACAUCAUCUGCUGAAAUGUCCAAGGAAAAGUGCAGCAGGUAGAGGUCGUCUGCCUUUUUGACUGGAUGACAGCAUUGGAAAAAAUAGAGGAAGAUUGUUGGGUAAAACAUCCUUUCACUCCUCUGCCAGAACCUGGCCAAGGGAUUCCCAGCCAAAAACUCCUCGUCACCUUUUCCAGCUAUAUUAGCUAGUCCACUGAUGGAUAUCGUCUCUUUGUACACACCUAGUCUCUCUUUUAUCCUUAGAUGAUCCCAGCUUCAACAACAGCGUACUGAAAUAUUCAUAAUGACGUGAAACUCACUUCCCAGUGCCACCCAGAAAUAACCUACAUCGUGUUAAUGUGUUCAGUUCAAGGAACAGCAUUAAUCCAGCGACAGCGGUGCAGCUGAGCUCAGCUUUCAGAUUCCAGAGGUCAAACAGCAAGCCAUAGGGUGAGAUAAACCAUGGAGAAGAUAGCCCCGUAGUUACAAACCUUUCAAUCAACACGACAAUUCCACUGAGAACAUU